CUUAUGCAAGGGGAACGAAAACACUAACAUUAUGCUGAAACCCACUAAAACUGCAACAUUAUUACAUUUCUCAGGAGUUACUUUCAAUUAAUUACUAAUCUAUUUAGCAAUUAAACCAUAAAAGAAGCGACAAAUUCACAUUUUUUGCCCUUUUUAUUACACCAGCAACAUUAAAUAUAUUGUGAUACAUUUUAAUAUAAUUUUUUUCUCGCUCUUAAUUUGCUACAAUUCCCUUUCUCAUUCUCUCUUUCUGCCUGUUUAAACUAUUAAAAGUUUUGUGAAGUAAGUUUUAAAACAAUUAUUUAUUAGAAAUGGCACGUAUCCAAUUAAAGUGAUAAGAAUGUAAUUAUGUUAUGCUUCUAUGGAGACGAAGUACAACAAAUAUUUCACAUGAGUGUGUGUAUUAUUUAAUUAUUUCAUAAAAAAUACAAAGAUUGAAAUAAUUAAGCAAAUGGUUAAAAAAAAUGUGUGUAUGUGUGUUGUAUGCGCAUCAAAUAAAUAAUUGGCUCAAAAUGAAAUUACUUAAUUAAUCAGUAAAUGAUGUUUGCUUAAAGUGAAUUAAAAUUACAUUAUGUUAAUUAUUGCAUUAAUAUUUGCUUCAAUAUUUGUACCAUAUAUCGUUAGUUUUGUAUGUUGAAAAUAAUACGUCUAUUGGCGUUUUCACCACGAAAUUGAAUAGAUAAACUUUUUGGGGCAUUAUAUUCGUUACUUUUAUAAUGGGAUGGAAAGGAAAUGGAAAAUAUUUUUGCAGAAAUUACCAACAUUUCACAUUCAAUUUGAUUAGUUUAUUAAUGAUACAACAAAUUUAUUUUAAAAAAAGGUGUGGUUGAGAGAUUUCUUUCUUUCCCUCAUUCAAUCUUUGUAGAAAUUUGAUCAAAAAAUUACCUUAUAAAAUUUUUCCUAUUGAGUAAUAUUGUAGUUAAAUUAGAAGUUAAAUCUCUCGGCAAUAUUUAAUUGCCUCUCACUCAAUAAUUACUUUUUUUUCUCUCUCUCUGCAUCCAUUUCCCUCCCCAAACUUCUGUUCAAUAUUAAAUAACUCUAUCGAGAGGAAAUAAUUCAAUAUUGAAUUGAUUUAUGGACCGUUAGUUAGUAAAAAUAUUAUAUAUAUCUUUUUUUUCGUAUAAUUAAUGCUGUACGGUGGAAGAGGAAUUAACUCUUUUUUUUUCCAUUAAUUUUUCAAACCAACUGCACUCAUCAAACAGUUUGGGAAAAACACGCGUCGUGUGAAGAAGUCAAUAUUGAUAUUAAUUUUAAUCUGACAUCGAUAAAUACAUAUUUUUUUUGCAUGUGAUCCAGUUCCACGAAUAAGACAGUGACACAUUGUGCGUGCCAUUUAAAAAACAACAUUUUAUGCUAAAAAAAAAACAAUAUAGAGAACACAGAUUUUUCACAUCAUUUCACGCAGCAAAUAUUUACAAAUAUCAUAUGCAAUUGAUGCAAAUUGUGACGAUUGCGUGCAUGAGAAUAAAUUUCCAUUAAUCACUAUAAAGUACGAGGUGGGCGCGUUUGCAGAAGAAAAAAAAACAGAACGGGAAGUUGGUCAGGAGUGUGAGACAAAAUGCAUCAAAUUGAUAUUAACUGGAUGAUGACGAUGGAUGUUACCAAAAGUGAGCCCCAAUCUGGGGUCGGUGGCGGUGGAAAUGGCCAGAAUGCCAAUCAAUUGUGUGCCGGGUGUGGAAAACACAUUCAGGAUCGAUAUCUGUUGAGAGCCCUGGACAUGCUGUGGCAUGAGGAUUGUCUCAAGUGUGGAUGCUGUGACUGUAGAUUAGGCGAAGUGGGUUCAACACUUUACACCAAAGGGAAUCUCAUGCUCUGCAAGCGCGACUAUCUCAGAUUGUUUGGCAACACGGGCUUCUGUGCAGCCUGCAACAAAGUCAUUCCGGCAUUUGAGAUGGUCAUGAGAGCCCGAAGCAAUGUCUAUCACUUGGAGUGCUUCGCCUGCCAGCAAUGCAAUCACAGAUUCUGCGUUGGUGAUCGGUUCUAUUUGUGUGAGAACAAAAUUCUCUGUGAGUAUGACUAUGAAGAGCGAUUGGUGUUUGCAUCAAUGGCUAAUCAUCCAAUGCUGAAGAGGCAUGCAACAUCCCUGACCCAGAAUGCACCCCCGCCUCCUCAGCAGCAGAGUCUUAUGGCUCUUGGGCAUCCAGGAGGCGGUAAUGGAACUUCUGGAGCAACAAUGGCACAAAUUGCUGCACAACAGCGUCCACCGGGUGAUCACAAUAACAAUCAGAAUGCCAACAAUGCAGCCAAUCAACCAAAUGGACCUCCACCACCAUUUGGGACACCAAAUCACUUGAAGCAAACUCUUGGGACAUCAAGUUAAGUGCAUUGGAUUAAUGUUCUUCAAAAUACCCAUGUUUCAUGCGAUUUAGUGUUGGAGAAGAAAGAUCACUUAAGGAUCCAAUAUGCAGAGAUACCCUCAAUGUGAUUAUUUUCUUUAAAAAUUUUCCAACCAUCAACUCCGGGAAUUCCCUUUUUCAUGAAAAACUGGGGACACUCGCCACCCUUCAUAUUAUAAUUGAAUUCUAAAUUGUUAAGACUAUUAGUUUGUUGUUGUUAUCUAAUUAUCUAGUGAAGAAAACAAAAGACGAAAACAUUCUCUCAGAAUGGAAUAAUAUAUAAAUAGCAUUUUCAAAAAAAAAAAAAUACAUAAUCUCUAGUCAAAAAACUAUACUUCAAUACUUGACUGCAUUUCAACCUCUAUUAAUACAAUAAUAAAUAAUGAAUAAUAAAAUUUCGGGAAAAUAAAAUUUCAAUUCUUGAUACUGCUUUUUGGACAUUAAUAUCAAAAAUUAAAAAAAGCAAAAAGAAAUCUAUAAAAAUCUUUACCAAAAUAUCGCUGUAAGACAAUUUUUGACGAAUUAUAAGAGAAAGUCAGUUGAAUUAAUUCAUCAAAUUUAUUAAAAAAAAAAAGUAAAACCCCACCGAUUAAGUUAAAACACCCAGAAAAAAGACAAAUUUGGUUGUUAAUUAAUUUUUUAAAUGUAUAAAAAAAGAAUACCAACUAGAGGUAGUGAAUUUCAAAUUGUAUUUAAACAUUAAUUGUAGUGGAGGUAAAAGAAAGAUAAAAAUAGACUUAACGAAAAAAAAACAAUGUGACAUUGUAAAUAUUUCUUCAUGAGAAAAAAAGAAAAAGAAAAAACAGAAGAAACCAAAGACAGUGAAAUAAAAUAUAAUGAAAAAUUGAAAAAGAAA